AUGACAGAACCCGAGGCAGAGCUUCAGGCGACUGCCAACCUCUCCCCGGUCUCCCCAUCACCUGUUCAUUCCGCCACCUCGUUGGCGGUCCCUGUGCUUCAAGAGACCGUCGAGACCAUCGACGCCAUGGUUGCUGCCGCUGCCGCUGCCGCUGCCGACGCCAAUGGCUCUAUCAACAAGGCCCCUAAUCUUGAGCCCAUAUCAGGGGCUGGUGGUGAUGACGAUAUCGUAGAUGACGACAGCCUCAACGACCCUUAUGGUGAAGACGACACAGACGUGGCCGCCCAGCAAGUGCCGCAGCCUCAGGUUGAGCAAGAACUUCCCGACAGCAAUGACGAUUACGCAAAGACUUUUGAUUCACCAAUUGGGACGGAGGAGGGUGAAGACGGAGUCGUCGAACCACAAGAUGUAUCAUCGCUACCACGAGAAUCCAACGAAAUUUCUCUUUCAUCCGAUCAUUUGACAAAUCGCACAUCUCAAGUCUCCCAUGUCGUUCAUGAAUCAUCCUUGUCGGCCCAGCCAGGCCAAUCUGCGACAUCAACUACUUCCAAUGCUUCCUCCGAAGCUCAAGCUGCUGGCGUCGCGAAUACCUUUACGUCGCAGCCAUCCAACCAGCAAACGUCGUCUCCAAGCACGACUAAGCCGGGCGCCAGUAACGCUGCCAGUCCUUCAGCUGAUAUUCAACGCCUGGUUGCUGAUCUCACAGCGCCUUCCAACCCCAACACACAUUAUGCUCCGUCCGUCUUAGGUGAACAUUCUCUCGAGUCUGCUAUUCCGUCUUCAGCCUUCUCGUCGUCAGCUUCUCUUCCACCGAGGCCUCCGCUAUCACAGGCAAUUCCUCAGACCUAUGCCUCGCAGCACCACCCACCUAGCAUCAAUGCCAGUAUUCCCUCGAACCUAGCUGCGCCCCCCACGCCCGGGCGGCCAUCCACUUAUGUGGCAACCGGCGCACCUGCUGCAGUCCCUGAUGCUCUGGGUGAAUUUCCGGUUCCGCUUGGCUCCGGUCUCCAGGCGCCUGUUGCCAUCACUUCUAUGAACGCUCCUCCAUACCCACCCAAACCUGCUCUCUAUAAUACUGAUCAAGCCCAAGAUUCCGAAUAUGAGCGUCAAUGGAACCAAUUCUUAGCCGACGAAAACCAGUAUAUAGCUGAGGCCAAAUGGGACCGUUUCCCAGAGGGUUCACGGAUUUUUAUUGGUACACGAUCCGCGUCCGGCGCGUCCAAAAAUGGCGCUCACAUAUUCGCUACAGGUAAUCUCUCGAGCGACAAGGUGUCGAAACAGGAUGUCUUCGAUCUAUUUCAUCGGUUCGGAAGGAUUGCCCAAAUCUCACUCAAAUCUGCGUACGGCUUCGUCCAGUACCAUUCUAUCGAGGAAGGACAGAGAGCGAUGGAUAAUCUGCAAGGCAUCGAAAUAAAGGGUCGUAGAAUCCAUCUAGAAGUAUCGCGUGCUCAGGACAAGUCGAAAAAGGACAAGACUCGAAGCCCAGACAGGAACAAAACCCGCGACAGUGGUCGCCGAAAUGAACGGCAAGGCCACCAAACCCGGGAUGAUUAUCGAUCUAGUCGUGGUCAUUCUCCUCAUCGCAACGAGUACGGAAGAGAGGAGUCUUAUGGUCGAGAUCGAGGCUUUUAUGACAGCAGCAGGGGGCGUGCACGAUCUCGGUCCCCGGGCUACGGUCGCAACGGCAAGGACAACAAUUAUCGGCGAAGAAGCCCGAGCCCUUAUGGGCGACCCCGACAUGAGGCUGAGCUUGAUCUCCCACGGAGGUAUGGCGCUGAUGUCCCUGACGUACAGGUCAUCCUUCAGCCAGACGUAAAUCGCGACUUUGUCAACUGGGUGGAGCAAGCUUUCAAGUCCCAAGGUCUUAGGUCUGAGGUUAUGUUCCUGCAUCCUAGGAUACCCAAGGACAUGGUAGUACAGCGGCAAGCGGCCGAAGGUGUCCAUGCCGUUGUCGAUCUCGAUAUUCGAGCGCAAAGCUCAGGCAAGAUUCCGGUACAGGCCUUUGAUCGCUCCGCUGGCUCCAACAAUGUUCGAUAUGAUCAGUACGAAAACCUGGACCCCACUACUGCAGCCAAGGUUAUCCUUCAAGCCAAGGCAUCAGGAGGUCCUCCUAACUAUGGUCAAACAUACCGAGGAAAUGGCUAUGGUAGUGCUCCUUAUGGAGGCCAGCCUCCGUAUCAAGCGCCUGCGGCCAGUUACCCUGGCCCUCCGCCUCCCGCACAUUACGGUCAACAGCAGUCUCCUCCAGUCAACGUCGCUGACAUUGCGACCAUGAUGGGUCAGCUCGACCCUGCGUCACUUCAGCAUUUGCUCGCACAGGUUCAAGGGGGCGCCCAAAACCCAGCGCCUGCUCAAGGUGGCACGAGUGCAGCAGCCGCUGGAGCAUCUCAACCUGACAUCCAGGCACUACUUGGAAGUCUGGGUGGGAAUGGCGCGGUGCCGCAACAUCAACAACAGCAGCACCCUUCAGGCCCAUAUGGAGCUUCCUACGGGCAUAUGCCACAGCCACCGUCGAACGGAGAUGCAGCGGUUCAAGUUCAGAACAUCAUGGCGCAGCUGGCUAGAUACCGGCAGUGA